AAGAUCGUGAAGCUCGGUCUAACUCAUUCCUACAAAUGAUGGGGAAAUUUCCUUGGGCCGAUGCGGUGGCUGCUUUAAACGAUACGGCAAAAACCUCGCACUACACACAACUUCUACUCGACCAACUCUCCACGAGUCUGUUACAAGAGCCCAUCGUCGCCCCUCGACCGAGCUGUCACCCGCCGCCUCUGAUGCAAGCUGCCGACAUCCAAUGCUCGAAGUACCCCCACGCUUUUACGCCCAAGGAACGACGUGAGAAACCCGUCAAGGUCGCUCACCUCAUCCAGAUGGGCUUCGACGCCGAUAUGUUGGAGGUCCUACUCCACGAACUGGAUGAUGUAGUGGACAAAUUUUUCGUCAUUGAGUCCACAAGGACGCAUAACAAGGACACCCGGAAAAUCCUCAUGUGGGACCGGCUCAAAUACCAACCUCGCUUCGAUUUCGUGAAAGACAAAGUUGUCCACCUGGUCCUUGACGACUCCGAGACGUUGGUGAACCCUGAGGUUCCUUUUGCGCGCGAAAGCCUGCAGGAAAAGGCUCGGUGGGACUCGUUCCUCAGCUGGAACAAGCACAGCAAAUACUUCGGACCCGAAGACCUGGUAGGUUUCGGAGAUACCGACGAGAUCCCUGCUCGCUCCAAUGUCCAGCUGCUGCGACACUGCACAAUGGCGGGUGCCUCGGUGGACAUCGGAUCGUGGUUCGCCCCGACCCGACUGGAUGAGGCGUUUCGGCCCGACUGGCCCGUGCCGGGACAUCCAUGGACGUUAGGGGAUCCCACAUAUUGGACAGUAGCCUCCGCAACAGAGUACGGGAACGCCGGGAACCAAUACCCUAGCAGAAUGCGGGGAAUGUCCGGGAAAUUCUUGCUCGGUGGGAUCCAUAUGACUGACAACGGCUAUUUCCCCAUGCGGAUGGCCAAGCUUGUUGCCUGCACUGAGUGCAGUGAUCGCGCUGUCCGCCUGAUUCAGGACAUGGCGUCAUAUUUCCAAGACGGCAACGCUGGAAAAGAGGUGCUGAGUCAGCUUGACCUAUAUCUUAACCCAGUCUGGCCUGACCGAAAGCGGUUUGUGGAGGGGGACAUGAUUAAACCGACA